GUCUGGGACGGAAGUGUCGUCAGGGCUCGGCCGCCUCCUGAGAGGAGGCGGUUGUGGCUGGCGGCGGCGGCGCCGUGAGGGGAAGAUGCCCGUGGCGGUGAUGGCGGAGACUGCCUUCAGCUUCAGGAAGCUCCUGGAGCAGUGCGAGACCCAGGAGCUUGAGGCCCCUGGAGGAAUUGCAACACCCCUUGUUUAUGGCCAACUUCUAGCUUUAUACCUGCUGCAUAAUGACAUGAAUAAUGCGCGAUAUCUUUGGAAAAGAAUCCCUCCUGCUAUCAAAUCUGCGAAUGCUGAACUUGGUGCAGUUUGGUCAGUAGGUCAAAGAAUCUGGCAGAGAGACUUUCCAGGAAUCUAUACAACAAUCAGUGCUCAUCAGUGGUCCGAGACUAUUCAACCAAUCAUGGAAGCACUUAGAGUGUUUGUCUUCUUAGAUGCCACUAGGAGACGAGCCUUUGGACUGGUUUCUCAGGCAUAUACCUCAAUAGUUGCAGAUGAUUUUGCAGCCUUUGUUGGGCUUCCUGUAGAAGAAGCUGUGAAAGGUGUAUUAGAACAGGGCUGGCAAGCUGACUUUUCAACUCGUAUGGUAAUGCCUAAAAAGCCAGGUGUGCUGGAAGCUUCCUUUAACAGAUUUAUUCCUUCAUCAGAACCUGCUCCGGUUCCACCAAUUCCAAACGAACAACAGUUGGCCAGAUUGACUGACUAUGUGGCUUUCCUUGAAAAUUGAUUACCCUGCUCCUGUAUUCAGAACAACUUGCAAAUCCUGUGUACUGACAGUUCUAGAAAUCUAAGUUUUAUUUUAUUUCAUAUCUGUUAAAUGUUGCAGCAUCCCCUACUCAAAUGUGUGAAGUAUAUAGUGUAUGUUAUCACAAUUCGUGUUUUGCCAAAGCCAAGCUAGCAAUUGAAACAAUCCUUUAACUCCUGUGAUAUUAUUCAGUAGGUACACAGCAGUAUUACAUGGUAAGUGUUUUGGGUUUUUUAUUGACUUAUAGCUGAGAGGCAGAACAUUUUUCAGGUAUAUUGGAAAUUGAGAAGAAAAAUUGAGUAAUGAAGCAACUGUAAGGAAUUUAUGCUAGUAGGUUAUGUGCUUCUACGCUGAGUACUGCAGUGCUUAUCAUGGAUCAAUUGCAUGUUGGACUAAAGUACGAAGUGGAAGACUGCCCUACCCAUAUCUGCAGAUUAGAAAAUAUUUUGAAACAGUAACUUAAACAUGAAAACAAUUUACAGUAACUUCUGCAAGUGUAUUUGUGGUGUAUUUAUAAUUGACCUAUUUUUUUCUUGUUGGUCUCCCUGGAUUGUUAAAUCUUCUUGUUUUGAUGUGAGAAACUUCACAUCGGGCAUGUAUUUACAGCAGAAUAAUUGGAGUCAUUUAAGAAAGGCACAUCUUUACUUUGAGGAAGAAUUUUUACUUUUGGAAUGUUUUGAGUGACGUAGGACACCAGAUACUUUCCUGGGUAACCAUGCAUCUUGUUGAGGCCUGUCAAGUCUUAGUGCUUUUCAGUACACUGGGCCAGGAUCUACAAGAAACAACAGCUCUUACCUGUAUUUAAACUUUCUACAUUACCUCUGCAGUUAUUGGAGAGGAAUUUAAAAAUUAGAGUAGGUGUCCCUGCGUAGAGACCAGCUGGGGGGGGAUGAUACCUUGUCAGCUUGAGGAAUAUAUUUUCUGUAUCAGAGCACUGCUGUGUUAACCUUUGAGUUGAGAUGACUUGUAUUCCCAGGCUUCUUAUUUGUGCAAUGCUGGUAAAAAGGCUAUGGGAAAAUAGUGGUGCUUAAAAGGGUAGUGUAUACCUUCAUUUGCUUCUCUCCCCUCUUUUCAACAUCGUAUUCAGUGGUUUCAUUGCAGAUGGCAGAUGUGCCAGAUGUUGUGAUUGUUUUUUCCAGUGUGCACUACCUACUGUACAUUCUCAUGUUGGGGAUGUGUUAGCAGGGAGGAAUUAUAAACUGUGCACUGUUGCUUUGAGAGCUCCCUUUAUAUGUAAACACUUACUCAAAAUGAUUAUUUAUUUGAAACCCACCUAAGACUUAGAUUUCUGAAUUUAUUUUCAGUGAUAUUAAAGAACAUGUUUACACUGA